UCGGCGGCUGCGGGGCGUGCGGGAGUGGCGGUGCCGGGGGAAGAUUCUCUGUAACGUGAUUACUUACAAGUAAUAGUUCCCCAUCAUGGCUGAACUAUCGCCUGAAGAAAUUCAGUUGAGGGCCCACCAGGUCACUGAUGAGUCUUUGGAAAGCACAAGAAGGAUUCUUGGCUUGGCCAUUGAGUCCCAGGAUGUUGGCAUCAAAACUAUCACCAUGCUGGAUGAACAGGGAGAACAACUAAAUCGCAUAGAAGAAGGCAUGGACCAGAUAAAUAAGGAUAUGAGAGAAGCUGAGAAGACACUGACAGAGCUCAACAAAUGUUGUGGGCUCUGUGUCUGUCCUUGUAACAGGACGAAGAACUUCGAGGCUAGCAAGGCAUACAGAGCAACCUGGGGAGAUGGAAUGGAGAACUCGGCAGACCAUGUUAUAUCCAUGCAACCAAGAAGUAUAAAUCAGCAGCAGCCUCAGACUUCUGGAGGACCAAGUGGCGGAUAUAUUACAAGGAUAACAAAUGAUGCCAGAGAAGAUGAAAUGGAUGAAAAUCUUGCUCAAGUGGGAAACAUUCUGGGGAAUUUGAAAAACAUGGCUUUGGAUAUGGGCAAUGAGAUUGAUGCCCAGAAUAAACAAAUAGACCGGAUAAAUGUGAAGGCUGAUACAAACAGGGAACGCAUUGAGCAAGCCAACAUCAGAGCCAAGAAACUAAUUGACAAUUAAAGCCUGCUGUCAUUGUUCAGUGACACUGUCUCUCCAGCUGCAAGCCACCAUAUUCAUGGAUCUGUGAAACUUCUCCUAUUCUGAAAUAAGAGGGGCUGGGAAAAAUGAAGCAGUACCCUUUCUAUAGGGAUUAAUUUUCUCUUAUUUUUUUAAUUGCUUCAUGUAAACAUGGCCUUGACUCCAAGAAAGCAGCCAACAUAACUUUGUCCUACUCAUCUGCCUUCACUUUCUUUGAACUGCUCAGGGCUAAAAGUGUUACGGCUUUGAGAAUCUUCUUGCAUGUUUUAUACCCCCUCCCAGUCUCUUUUUUUUUUUAUGCUCCCAAAAUAGUCUUUGAUCAAAGUUGAACAAGCAGGGUAACCUGAAUUCACAGUUGUGGAAAGUUGGAGAGGGCAUUUUGCACUGUUUGAAAUACCUCAUAAGUUGAGUAUCUUCACUAAAAUAGGGACUUGGUGAAUAUUGUCUGACUUGUACCUCUAGCAGGCUAAUCAUAGUUUUACAAUCCAAAUCACAUGAUUGGUUUGGGGUUGAGUUUAUGGAUUACAGAAUUAAAAAGGCUCACUGCUUACUACUUGUGGGUUGAGGGCUUUAAAACACUUCCUAAACACACAGACUUUAAUGUAAAGGUAACGGGGGGGGAGGGGUAUACAGGUUUCCAUUUCUUCACUGUAAAUUGAUAUCUGUUUGGAGGCCAUGACUAGGAAAUUAUGCUGUAUUGUUCUGAUAAUAUUUGUUGUGUGUGUAUAUAUACCUGAUCUAAACCCCAUGCACAUAUGAGUAGAAGAAAAUAAAACCAUCUCCCUAAAGUAUUUAUUUGAUGGAAAAUUUUAUGCCCCUCAUCUAAAAGUUAACUUUUAAGUGUUUGAAUGAUGCAUCUUAACUGGAAGAAACUGAGUAGAAAAGCAUGCAGCUUUCUUGUGUCCCAUAUCAGAUUCUAUUGUGGCCAGUUUUCACUGGAGUUCAGUUUAUGCCUUUUUCCAGUGCAAAAUAAUGACUGAGAUCUGGUGCAGAGUUUGUUCUCAGCGGUCACUUUGGGAGAGCUGCUUAAACCUACUGAAAACAGAGAAGCUUAUUAUGAAACUUCUUUGUCACAAGUCUGGAGGAAGCAGUACCUAUUUAAGAACUGUAUGCUAGUUCUAAAUAAACUAGUUCUAAAUAGAUUCGUGACUGGUUUAUUAUUGCAGACUUUGGGACUGGCCAUUGGAAAUAUUACAUGUCCAAGUCGCUUGCAACUAAAAUGUUCCUGUUCUGUUGCAGAAUAGAGGAGUUUCUGACCAGGGGAGGUAAAGCUCUCUUCCUAGGAAGAGGAAAAACAUUUUGGUUUUACUGUAAUAGAAUCAGAUUUAUUCUCAGGUUUUUCUUGAAUUAUUUUUUUUUUGCAAGUAAAUUGCAAGUGACCUUUAACUCCACCCAGCAAUAUAUAAUGCCUGUUUUAAAGGUGGAAAUAAUGCCUUGGACUAACCUGUGAUACCCAAUGUUGGAUGGCAAAAAUCUCAAACCAAAUUGAUUGGAGGGAUAAUUAAAACCCCAUAAUGCUAUUAGUGGUUUUUUAGAAGGACAGUUCACAAGUAUCCUGUAGCCAUUGAUAAUAAAUCCCAGAGCUAGAAAGAUGACACUAAUCUGCUGAAAUGUAAGACAAACAGUGUUAAGUGUUUUGUUUUUUCUUUUCAGUAGAAAUACAGUCAGUAUUACUGGUAUAUUCUCAGUUCAUCCCCAGGACAACUUGGUAUUUAAAGGAGCCGGGGGGAGGGAACGGAGACAAACAAGAAAAAACUGACCAAAGGAUGGAGCUGCUGCAUGUAAUAAAUAGGCUGUUUUAUGUGAAUAAGGUGAAGUCAUUUUUAGGGGACUGGAUACUUCAGUAGUGCGUGUUAGCUUCUGUCUGUCUUCCAGUAAUUGUUGGAAAGCUAAUGAAUUUUGAAAGCUCAUUAGUAGUGAAUAAUUUUGAAAGCCAUUAGUAAUGAAAAUUAUAUGCUUAAAAAGACAUGUGACAAAGAAGUACUCUAAAGAACAUUACAUAGUAAAUUUCUAACAACCACUUGCAUGGGAAGGCAUAGGGGAUUUGUAUGCUUUUUUCCUUCUUACAGGCUUCAGGUUAACUGAAGGAAUAUUUGCUGCUUGUUGUGAAAGCAAAGCAUACACUGUUUAAUUAUGAUUGUCUCCUGAAACAGAAGGCUACAUUGGUUACCUUAUUCUGCUUACAACAGUGCAAACCUGUUAUGUAGCAUCUGGACAUUCCAAACCAUGGAAUGUUUUUCUCCCUUGCCAUUACAUGUCCAUGUUCUUGACUUCCCUGAGCUCUAACAAUGAAUUAGCAUGUUGGCUGAGAGGAUGCUGUGAUUGGUAUAUCAGAAUCAUAAUAUUGCAAUGAAUACCACACAGGGAAAUAUUUCUGAGACUCUAAGCUUGAGUAUUAGCAGAAUAUCAAUACUAUUUUCUGAUGCAGCAAGAGCCAAAUCUGUGAGGGAGUGGUGCCUUUAUGUUAGUGACCAACACAGACUGCUUCUUGGACUGUCUUACUGUUGUCUGUAGAAUAGAUGUUUAAUUUCCAUAUCUAUGGGAUGGAAUCAGCACUUGUACAUCUUCAUAUUUCUGAAUGCUGUUAAGAAUGAAGUUUUACAGUUUCUGCUUUUGAUUGUUAAACUAUAUAUUGUGCACAAAAAAUACAUACUU